AUGGCCCAUGCCUGGCUGGACUCUCUGUCAGAGGACUGGGUUUCUGAACCACGCUCAGAUACCUCGGAGGCACAACUCCCACCGCUGAAGCCUCACGCCGAUACCACACCGAGCAAAAUCCCUCGUCGUACCGGCGCGAAUCCAAUCUAUUCCCCCGUUGCCGGAAACAGCAGUCAUAUCCUAAACGAAAGAUCGGCGAACGAAAUAAAUAUUUCCCAACGCAAGCUCCCGUCAAGGCUUUCACAGGAGCUCAAGCUAGACUCCAAGAAUUCGCGGUCUGUUUCGGCUGCCACCUGCGGCUCAGUUGUACACAAAAGCGAGGAUGCGCAGAUUGCGAAAGAAGGGACACCCGAAUGGAAGCGGCGUCUCAUUAACGGCGAGGUGCCGUAUGGCGAGCAGCGUGACUUGUUUUGCUCUGCUGGCACUGGCCUACAAGACAUGUUCAAGCCUCCACAGGCAGAUCUCGCUAAUGUCCAACAUGGCCAAGCAAUGCCCGACCGGACAUUACCCUCGAGUCCACCACAAUACCGAUACGAGUCAGACGAAGAUAUCGACAGGCUACUAGAACUUGCCGAGCAAGAUGAUCACGACUUUCCCCAACAAGUGACACCUAGUCCGAGCCCAAGACGAGGAAAUCGCAGCGCCCACUUCCGCUCCACCUCGAACGGGAACAACAGCUUUCUUCCAUCAUUGCCAAUGGACAACUUCGUGGAAGAAUCUCCCCUCCAGCAUGUCGGCGCCAUUGGUCGCAGUAAGGUGCUCCUCAAUGCGCCACAGCCUGCUCAUGGGUCUCUCCGCCAAGUGAGCGGUCAGACUGAUAUUGGAAACGAAGAUUUUAGCCCCAUUGUGAUUGGCCGGCAAGAUGAAGAGGAUGGGCCGGUCAAGUUUGGCGCUAUGGACAUACCGGUGAGCGAGCUACAAUUGAAGCUGGAGCGUGUUCAAAAGAGCCAGGCCCAUGAUGCCGAGGAUAAUUCGCUAUAUCCUGGCGCGAUAGUGGAUCGAGAGUCUGAGAUCGAUGCCCUCCAUCGCUUUACUCAUAAUGCGGGCCAUAUUAACCUGCGUCGAGGUGGCCGCUCGGGAGAUGGCUCGUUCUAUACUAGAGCGCUUAGCCCUGACCUUGGCGUCGACACUUCAGAGAUGCUGCCAGAAGAAUCUCUGCAAGCCAGCACGCCAAAAGAGUUUCCCACCAUCCGAACCGAACAGCCUUCACGUGGUGCUUCUCAAUCAACCGGAAGCCCGAUAAUGCCGCGAGCGCCGUUUCCAAGCCCGGAUAAGCGCAGCAUAAACCCAAGCGGCAGCCCGCUGAAGCUCUUUGGACCAUACGACACUUUUACGAACCAAACUCUGCUACGGCGAAUCAGCCAGUAUGAGGACGUCGAUUCUGCCGACUCGUCGGAGCAUCUGGCCAACCCCGUCAAGCGUGAGGGCAUAGACGAGAGCCGACGAUCGGUGAGCUAUUUUGGUGGCGGCCAACUGGAUAAUUACGAAUUCGCAGCAGAAAUGUCUGAGACACAUGGUGCUUUUGACGGCACGGACAAAGAGAACGUUUCGCCAGAGACGUAUCUGAUUCCUCUGGAAUCUCGCCGUCAACUGUCUUUCGGGAAUGUGUCUAAGCUAUUGAUUUCACGGCGACGCGAACGAUCAGGCGCGUCAACUGAGGUAUAUGUGGAAGCGCUGCGGCCGACUAUUACCAUGGAUACACCAGAACUACGUGGCCCACCUGGACGCGACCAUGAGGUGUGCGAUACAAAGCGCACAAGCAAUUCCCCCAUCAAAGACCCUACACCAAAAAGGCGACGAACAUUGAGACGAUCUGAUGCUACUCAUAACCGGCAAGAGCAGCUUUCACAAGUGGAUGCGGCCCACCAACAGAUGCAGAAUGCUAUGGGCAAGAAGCGUAAGGACGCACGACCAGGGCAGUUUCAAAUCGCGGAAGCCAACGUCCUAGCCGGAAGAAAGAUUUUGAAGCCUUGCUCGCCCGCUUCGAGCCGGAAAUCGUCACAAGAAGUUGACGACUCCCUGAACAAGGCAAAUAUGACAGGGCGUGGCAUGGCAGAAAUUGACCGGAAACCAUCAAUCAAGACGCAAGAUUUUGUUGAUCAAGCAGCGCAAAUCAUGGCCAUGAUUCGGAGUCAGGUGAAGCCGACAGGACUUACAAGUCUGGAAGAAUCAGAAGAAGAACAUAAUACGGGAGCAGAUGCUGAAUUUGAGGCUGCAGGAGGGUCGCAGCCAGACUCCACCUACGAACCCCUGUCGCGACCCCCGAGUCGCGAAGGAAAGCAAUCACCAAAUUACCAAGAACGAUCUAAUGACCCCGAUCUAGAAGCGCGGCUGAAGAAGUAUAAGGAGAUGAGCGAUAUGGGCGAUCUUGCAACCUCCUCGAUGCGAUCUGUCGGCAUGGUGCAAGAUGUCUUGCGAGGGGCUCAUAUCGAGAGCCCGACUCGCCAGACGACGUUUGGACGUGCUGGGGCUCCGCUGCCUAUGUCUGACAACAUCGUCAGCGAUCUUGCCAAUGUACGAAUUUCUGGCCCAUUUAUCGAUUUCUCUCUGCCCGCCAGUCCAGCCCGUGGCUACCCUUCAAACUCAUCCGCUCACUCUGCCAACACCAUUCCUACGUCAUCUUCAACCAACUCUGAUACGAGAAGAACGAUCAUGCCCGAAAGCGUCUCACACCUCAUCCCUGAUAGGGUCGGCAGCAUGUAUCUCGACAAGUCUCAAAAUAUCUGGAUUAAAAAGAAGGAUGCCAAGCCUGACGGCCACAACAACAGCAUCGCGGCUACUGAUGAAAGCGAAGAAGACCCAUUCGGUAGCAUUCCCGAUCUUACUGUCGACAUGACACAGGAAUUGCGAAACCUGAGGCGUGGUAUGGAUGGUAGACGAGGCCGUGGCGGCGAUGAAGACGUUGAGGAGCUCCCAAAGCUUGAAAAGCGAGAAACACCAGAGCUCCAUGACUCUCGGAAUGGGACGGCAAAGCGAAGGAAUAUGACUAUCUCGUUCUCCUCGCCGAUUGCGUCGAUUAUUCAAGAAGCUAUGUCAUUGGGUGCCGAUCGCUUUGACGAAGAGGUGACCCCUCGUUCGAUAAAUUUCGACCACAGCCCCGAUCAAUCGCCACCGGACAACUUUUCUGGCAAAGCGGCUCUGCGGCAAUCGGACAACAAGUCUAGACCACCAACUAUGAGAUAUGCAUCACAGCAGGGGCCGGAUUUUGUUCGUCGGCCGGUCUCACCGAUUAACGAACAGGACGAGGAUAGCACCGUCGAGCUGCUCGCCAACGAGGCGAACCAGCUGAGCUUUGUGGGCGGACAGGGUCUCAUGAACUACGGAGGACAAGAGAGCCGGCAUACAUCGCUCAGCGUCGUCAUUAGCCGAACGCCGGGGAAUAAGAGCCUGGCCCUUGUUGGCGACGAGAGUGUCGUCAUCGGGCAGAACAUUGGCCAUAUGUCUCUGAGCCCGCUGUCCGACUUCAACGUCAAUCAAGGAGACCAGUCUUUUGGGUUUGAGGUUAGCUACGUGUUAGGCAACCGGCACUUGUCCACUGGCGAUGGCUCAAAGAAGGUCAUGUCGUUGACGCUACGCGAGCUUGUUGAACGACUAAGCGAGGUUGAGCCAUGCGAGCCAUACUGGCAAGAUAUUGAAGAGCUCAACCUGAGCGAUAAGCGACUUUCAAGCCUGCACAUGCUGGAAGAGUUUUGCGGUAAGGUGGUGACACUCGAUGCAUCGCAAAAUGCGCUUGGCCACCUGGAAGGCGUGCCCUCUAGCGUGCGGCAGCUCAAAGUCUCACAGAACAUGCUGACGGAGCUGACAUCGUGGAACCAUCUGGUCAACCUGCAGUAUGUUGACAUUUCUGGCAACGAAAUCAAGAGUCUGUCGGCGUUGAGAAACUUGGUGCAUUUGCGAAGCGUCAAAGCAGACAACAAUAACCUCACCAGUCUGGAUGGGCUGGACUCGCACGAAGGACUGCUCUCUCUACGGGCUCGAGGGAAUUUUCUCGUGGAGCUCGACUUUGAGGACAGUGCUUUUGGCAGGCUAACAGAUCUAGACCUUGCAGACAACAAGAUUGAGGUCGUUCGCAACGCGCAUCUCGCGCCAUGCCUGUCGAAGCUGAAGCUGUCCAACAACAACCUGCAGACGUUCGAAGCAAGCAAAUCAUGCAAGGCGGUUCGCCACCUCGACAUUAGCCAGAACAAACUCAGGCAACUGGAUGUCAGCAGCCUGCCGAAUCUUCACACCCUGCUUGCCGACGGGAACCAGCUGCCAAGUGUGACUGGAUUACAGCGGACCAGACGACUCGACAGUCUUUCUCUGCGGGAGCAGCGAGGCCAAGAACCCCUGAGCCUUGGGUUCUUGUCGGUAGGAUACGAAGUGCGCAAACUGUAUCUCUCUGGCAACUAUAUGGAGUCGUUUGAGCCCAAGGUGGAUAUGCUGAACCUGCAACUGCUUGAGCUUGCCAACUGUGGGCUGACGUGCCUGCCUGACAAUGUUGGGCAGCUGAUGCCGAACUUGCGAUCGCUGAAUAUCAACUUUAAUGCGAUUUCAAAUGUGAAGCCUCUGCAGUACAUUCCACGGUUGAAGAAGCUGAUGAUGGCGGGGAAUCGGCUCUCCGACUCCACAUCCGUCACGCAGCUACUCAUGGACUUUCCUCACUUGACGAGGUUGGAUACCCGAGACAAUCCCAUGACUCUCGGGUUUUACGCACCGCUGCAGGCUUUGGUGAAGACGACUGGAAACGACACGACACCUCCGUUCGCGCUUCCGGAUGCAGAUGAAGAGCGUGAUGGGCUAUACGUCAGUCGACUGGAUGAACCAACCAAGCUUCGCCGGAGAUUACACCAGGUGGUGCUGGCAGCUAGCUGCAGUCGACUGCGAAUGCUGGAUGGGCUCCCGAUGCACCGGAAGCAUGUUUUGACCAUGGACAGCCUCUUGACGGCGCUUGUUGAAGAAGGGCUGGUUGAGGUACCGGGUCAAACAGAAGAGAGUGAUGAGGUCAAGGAGCUAUGUGAGGAGAAGUCGAGGAGGGGCAAUGUUAGUAGCGGCAAGGCAGUCGGUGAAGUCAGGAUUGCCUAG